AUGACACUAGGCCCAGCCCUGGAAGUAUUCAAGAAUCAUACUGUUCUCCUCACUGGGAGCACGGGGGCUCUUGGCGCCUGCCUACUUUACAAACUUGCCGUGCAACUUCCUACCAAAAAGAUCUAUGUUCUUAUCCGCUCAACACCGGACGUCGCCCUCCAAAAAUGGCGAGAUUUGAUGCCGGAUCAGAUGGAGUCUAUCAUUCUUUCGCAGAAGUUGCACUAUAUCCGUGGCGAUAUAUCUCAGCCGAGCUUCGGGUUGGAUAACCUUUCCAUGGAAAAGCUGUGCCGAGACGUCACACUCAUCGUCAACGCUGCGGCAGAUAUUUCAUUCGCAUCCAAUAUCCUGGAAGCUGUCAGAGCGAACUGUUUACCAGCCUUAGAGCUUGCAAGACUUGCUUCGGAAUUUUCAUCCUUGAAGUUAUUUGUCCAAAUUUCCACUGCAUAUGUCAAUAGUUUUCUCCCGGAUGGCGAGGUAGAGGAAAAAAUCUACGAAGUUUCGGAUAACGACCCUGAAGAUGUUUUGUCAUCGAUUCUUGAUUCCGGAAACUCAAGCGACACUGCGCGAUUCUUUUCAUCAUAUUCUCAUGCUAAAUACCUGAUGGAGCGUCUUCUUCUCGAACGAUACCCUACCCUCCCAUUGAUGCUUUUACGCCCUACAUGUUUUGGUCCUGCCCUACGUGAUCCGUACAGGCUAUAUGGACCGGAUAGCUCGCUUCCUCUCAACGAGUUUGGGAAAGCAUUUAUCGCUAUGCGUGAUCCCGCACAAAUUUUUCACGCUACUGAGGGUUCUCAAAGUGGAACCAACGUUCUAGAUGAAAUCCCCGUGGAUUUCAUUGCGAACGCUUGCCUUCUUCACGCAGCAAACGAAACAUACGGCAUCGUACAUGUUGGUUGUGAGCUCUAUGUAUCCCGUACGUUCGAUGACUUCAUCGAUCUUUAUCGAUUGGUGGUUCCGCCAGAAAAGCAGGCGUCUGGCGUUGUAUUUGUUCAAUCCCGGAAUCAGGAUCAAUGCUUUUUGGCUGACUUGGUCAGGGUCGGUACCCGUAAUUGGAGAUUUGACUGCAGUCGCUCGAAGUGGAUCAGUGGGGUUUAUGGUCCGCUGUCAUUGCAUUUUUCCGGCGAAGACGCAGAAGACCUGCGCACGGAAAGAAUGAGGAAAAUAUUCCGCAAAGUAGAUUUUUGA